CUGCUCAGUCACGAGUACGCGUUCAAUAUUAUCAAACAUAUCGGCUGUUAUGCAAGACUACAUGUAUGACCCAGCGUACCGUCAUCUCCUUAAAGCGAAAGAAAUUGCUCAAAAAGAAAAUGUCAUUCCAGAACUACAAACGGAAAUCAACAGAAGUAUUGAACUGUUUCAGCAAAAGAUCAAUUACUGUGAUGACCAAACAAUACCACCGAGUCCAGCCCUUCAUAGCUUGAUCACUGAUACACUGGCUUAUCCAUGGAGCGAUGCCUACAAAGAAGGCAGGGUAUCGUAUUCGGUAGAUACUGCAAUGCUCUCUGGGAAUAGCGAAGCCCAACUAAUUAAAUCCAUAACCAGUGCGAGCAAAGCCCGCAUGGUUCUUGAAAUUGGUUUAUUUACCGGGUGUGCGUCUUUGGCGAUGGCAGAGGCGCUUCCGGCAGAGGGCAAAGUAGUGGCUCUAGAGCUUGACCAAGGUAUUGCCGAUGUGGCACGGUCAUUUCUUGACAAAUCGCCAGCUGGGAAUAAAAUAGAAAUAAUAACAGGACCAGCAAUAGAAAGCCUUGAAAAGUUGGCCGAGAAGAAGACGAAGUUUGAUGUUAUCUUCAUGGAUGCAAAUAAGGAGGGAUAUGUGCCAUAUUACAAGAUGAUAUUUGAGAAAGACUUGCUGGCCUCCGGUGGAACACUCAUUGUUGAUAACGUUCUGAAAAACGGUGAUACAUAUUCUGGAGAACAUUCAGAUUCAAAAUCAUGGGCAAUAACAAAUUUCAAUGAACUGGUUCUUCAAGACAACCGUGUUCAUAAGGUGAUGCUUCCCCUGCGAGAUGGAGUAUACAUUAUCAGGAGAAAGGAGGACACAGAUGCUUCAGUCCCAGAAAAAAAGGGCGAUCUCAAUUAUAUAAAAUAAUUUUUUUCAUUGCUUUGUAUGGGGAAAAAAAGGACGGUGUAGUUUCAAAAUAAAAAGUUAUUUUCGUGCA